UAAUUUGUUUGCUGUCAAUGCUGAAAUGAUACUUUUUAGUCAUUGCGUAUGUAUGAAGAAAACCAAUAAAAAGUUGCAUUUUAUCAGUUUGAUGUGAUUUUAAUAGAGUGAAUUAAAUUCGUAUAAUUAUAUUAUGUACUUGUUUAUUUAUAUAAUAUAAAUAGUUGUUUGAAUUUAUUUAAGAUAUGUAUUCGUUCGAGGGGGACUUCAGGCGCAAGCCCCAGCAGAACCUGGCGGGUGCGAGCGCACAACGACAAACGGACAGGGACACUUUGAUACUCCAGUCACAACAACAAAGACAAAAAAGAGAGGAGCACAGGAAACGUUUGAACAGCACAGUAAAAAUCCAAGCCUAUGUUAGAAGUUACUUGACUAGGAAACAUUGUAAACAAAAUGAGAGGGACCAAUUUGAUAGCCUUUUUCCAAGAGUCAACCCUGAUGACCAGCUUAUGCUGAGCUCCCUUGUCGCUAAAAUACUGUUCUUUUAUGAUGACCAACAGGAUUUAUCUAGAUUGGUUGCCAUUUCACAACUUCUACUAAAACAAUGGAAGAAAUUGUAUCAAAUUUGUGGAGUAUGUGUUCAAAUCAGAAGAUUGUUGGCUCUUCAUCUGCGACUAUUGAGAGAUAAUACUGAGGUACCUUUGGCAGUACCUUUGCGAAUGUUUGAAGUGUUUACAUCCACCAAUUCCUCUGAAGAUGUCAUUAAUUGUGAUGAAGCUUUGAUUGUUGGCAACACAUUCUUAUAUCUUGUUAAAAGAGGUUAUUUCCAGGAUCUAUGUAACCUUAUGUGCCAGAAGACUCCGCCGCUAUACGGGCCAUCACCGAACCCGCCGACGCCUCUCAGCGGCGCCUUACUAGACCUUAUACAGCGACCACUUAAUCUCACCUCGCGAGUAAAUAUUCCACAUUACAAUAACUGCGUAAUGACAGAGUUCGCGUCAGCAUUCCUGUGCAAGCCUUACCCGGAGCCCGUGGAGAUGUAUAUAAUACCGGCGCUGUCGUACGAUGCCAACAAGAAGUUCCCGUUCCUAGCGCUAAUACAGGCCCUCAGCGACGAGUCCACCUUCCCUAGUAAAUCUCUCACAAAUGACUCGUGGCUGCUGCAUUCUGUACUAUCGUUGGAACCUCCUGAUUUUGUAAACAUCGUAAAAAACUUGGACAACACAAGACUGCCAAAAAAUUCAAUUGUUAUAGACUAUUUUAAAAUUAUAGCUAAGUUAACUGUUAAUGUUUGUAAUAAGCAGAUAAGUUACGAGUAUGAGGACUCUUUGUAUAGUCAGGAGACGGUGGCCGCUAAGGAUGAUGACAGUGACAGUGAACACGAACCGAAUCCUACGUCAGUGAGGGAACAGACAUUACUAACACGGUGUAUUGAGCUCCUUAAUGACCCAGACCGCUGUGUCAUGGCCGCCUGCUCCCAGAUCACGGAUGCAGACCUUAGUGAAGAGUUCCUCGAUAGUGUAUCUCAAAUAUGUCACAAUUUACUGCUGAGUCACAGAAUGGCGUUGCAUAAGUACAGAUUGUUGUACACACUAGCGUUCAAGCCGACAUUCGUCCGCGGGCUGUGGGUGUGGGUGUCGGGCAUGUCGCAGCUGUCGUCGUUCGGCGGGCCGGCCACGCCGCUGCUGGGCGCGCUGUCCCGCGGGCUGGGCGCGGACGCCUACUCGCUCAACAUGCACCGCCUGCUGGCGCCGCUCGCCGUCUUCUGUGCACUGUUCUCACUGCUCAUCGGCACGCUACACGAUACCGAGUUCUUCCGGGAUCCUAAUGAUGAAGCUAAUAUCAGUAUGGGCGUGUCAAACUCAGACGUGGAUCUGAGCGGGCUCAGCGCGGGCGGCGGCCCCGAGACGGGCCCCGUGGCGCAGGCCUUCGCGUGGGGCGAGCUGGGCGCGCUGUGCCGCACGCUGCGCGGCGUGUGCCUGGCGCUGGUGGAGCUGGCCUACCCCGACGCGCGCCCCGCCGUGCCCGGACACUACCGCGGGAAGGUUCCCGCGGACAGCCGCGCGCAGCAUGCGCAUCCCGCCGCCUGGUCGCAUCUGUUCAAGGUGUGCACAGUGUUGCUGCGCGCGCUGUACGCGCGUGACGGGCGGCUGUCGUUCCUGGGCGCGGGCGCGUGGCCGGCGCCGGGCGCGGUGCCGGACGGCGGCGCCGCCGUGUCGCUGGUGGCGGGCGAGCGCGCGCGCCCCGCCACGCGCCACCUCAGGAGGCCGCCCAACAUCUCCGCCGCGCUCGCGCUCUCGCUAGACGAUGGACCACCUUUAACAAUAAAAGAGCUGAGAACAGUGAUGAUUCUCAGAGAGAUCCCGUUCGUUGUGCCAUUCUCUACGCGAGUACUCAUCUUCCAGGGACUACUGGCGAGAGAAAAACAAGAUCAUUUCUAUGAAAUGACGAACUUCAACGAGGGUCCCUCAAUAAACAUCAGUGUUCGACGGACGCAUUUAUACGAAGACGCAUUUGAUAAGCUUAGUCCAGAUAACGAGCCAGAUUUGAAGCUAAAACUCAGAGUACAAUUGGUGAACCAGGCGGGCGCUGAAGAGGCUGGCGUGGAUGGUGGAGGUCUAUUUAGAGAAUUUAUAUCGGAACUUAUCAAGUCAGCUUUCGACCCCAACAGAGGUCUGUUCCGAUUGACCAUAGACAACAUGCUGUACCCAAACCCCGCGGUGCAUUUGUUGUAUGACGACUUCCCCAUGCAUUACUACUUCGUCGGCAGAAUGUUAGGCAAGGCGCUGUACGAGAGCCUGCUGGUGGAGCUGCCGCUGGCGGAGUUCUUCCUGGGCAAGCUGUGCGGCGGCGGCGAGGCCGACGUGCACGCGCUGGCGUCGCUGGACCCCGCGCUGCACCGCGGCCUGCUGCUGCUGCGCGCGCACCCGCGCCGCGCCGUCGCAGACCUCGGCCUCGACUUCACGCUGCUCACCGACGAGCUGGGCGAGCAGAGGAUAGAAGAAUUAAAACCGGGAGGUGCAAACAUUCCUGUGACUGCAGAAAAUAGAAUAGAAUACAUCCAUCUAGUCGCUGAUUAUAAAUUAAAUAAACAAAUCCGAUCUCAAUGCAACGCGUUCAAGCGCGGCCUGACGUCGGUGGUGAGCGCGGAGUGGCUGCGGAUGUUCUCCUGCCGCGAGCUGCAGCUGCUCAUCUCCGGGGCAGAGGUGCCCAUCGACAUCGACGACAUGAGGCGGUAUACGCAGUACGGAGGUGGUUUUACUGCGGCACAUCCAACAGUGCAGUGCUUCUGGCGGGUCUUGCACAACUUCACCGACGACCAGAGAAGACAGCUGCUUAAGUUUGUCACCAGCUGUUCAAGACCGCCGCUACUUGGAUUUAAGGACCUGCAACCACCGUUCUGCAUCCAAUCAGCGGGUGCGUCCGACCGCCUUCCCUCAUCAUCGACCUGCAUGAACCUCCUCAAGCUGCCGGAGUUCAACAACGAGGAGGUGCUGGCCGAGAAGCUGCUCUACGCCAUACAAGCCGGCGCCGGCUUCGAACUUAGCUAGAAUAUAAUCACGAAGAACAAAUAUUAACGUAGUUUGUCUACUGAAUAUUUGGAUAAUUAUAUUAUUAGUUUUAUUUCCAACAAUAGUUGUUCACUAGACGAUACAUUAUAAUUCGCAUCAUUGUGAUAAUGAAAUGUCCUCAAAUAUUGAAAACUAUUGUUCAAAGUGGUCUCUGUAAAUAAUGUUACCGUUAGUUAUUUCACGAGUUCUAAUGUGUUUAAGAAACAUAUCUUAUGUAUUCUAAUGUACUCAACUUUUAUUCACCUUAAAUUAUUUAUUUAUAUCAAUGACUCAUUUCUUCUAAAUUGGUAUUAUUAUUUAAUUUGUGGAACAUAUGGGCGUGUUGAAGUUCAAUAAUAAAUGUUAGUGCAAUGUUGUUAAAUGUAAAUAAAACAAAAUAUUGUAUCGAAUUUAUACACUAGUUGGUCUAGAUUAGGUACAUGGGGAUGUGUAAAAGAGAAAUAAUAUUUUUAUUUUAUUGAAGUUUGUAAAUGUCCGAAUACGUGUGAUGGCAUCCCGUUGUCGCGCCAGUAGUGUGCAACCUUGUACAAAACUAUUCAGUCGUGUCAAAUUUGGGACUUUAUAUUUUAGUACCUAUUGAAUAAAGUUAUCUGAAUCUUGA